AUAUGGCGGCGUGGUGUGGGCGAACUACGCAUGCGCAUUUCGGAUUGUAUCGCCUCUGCAGAAGAGAGAAAGGCGGGAAGUAAAUGUCGCUUGGAGACGACACGUACAAAAAGCAUCCAAAAUGUUGAAGGAAUUGGUAAGGGAGCGACUCGUUGCGGCCGCCGACGAAAUCUUUGGCCUGUUUGAAAGCACCAUCGCGUCGUACGAGGAGCAACUUUGUCGAGCGAGAGAAGAGAACGAAGGACAACGACGACAACUGGAAGCUGUUUAUAAAAGUCACAUGCUGCUGCACCGCCAAGAUGGUCAGCUCCUGAUUGCUUGCCCGGAAAUACUUCCCCCUGAGGCGCAGGGGGAGAGUUCCAAUAUGGAGUGUUCCCGGCUCCCCCGCGUUAAAGAAGAGGAGGAGGAGGCUGAUGUCAGCAAGUUGCCACCAACUGAUGUCCUUGUGACCAGCGAUGACGAUGAAGAGAAACCACCAGAGUGUUCACAGUCGCUUCCUCGGCAUCUCGUUCCAAGCGGAGACCGCGCUGGAGGACCACCUCCAGAAAACGUCUUAACGCCACCGUCACACAGCGACAACACCACCGAUAUGACCGAAGCCGACUGCAAAGGAAUGCUGGUCCAAGUGGAGCACGGGGGUGUCCAGAAAUGGGUUCAAGUCCCAAUCCAGGAGGACUGCUAUGAUUAUUCCAAAUUCAUUCAAGAAGUUUCAGCUAAAUUUAAUUUGCCCAACGGAGCCCAUGUAGACCUGAAGGAUUCCUCCGGCGUUGACGUGGACGCGGAUAUCUUCGACAAACUAUUGAAAUUUGCUCCGGUGUCGUUCAAGGUGUCCACUGGGCACGCCGCCGAGAACAAGUUAGCUGAGGCCUGCUCCUGCUCAUUCACGCCAACAAAGCCGGACGCGUCAUCUUCAUCGAGGAGCCCAACAGAGAAUUCGGCUUCAGCCUUAAUUGUAGACGGGAAAAGACGCAAAAGGAGCCUGGCCGAGGGACCGCCUGACAGCGGCAGUGCAAGAGAUGUGGUUUACAAUGCUCUUUGUCACAAAGCAGGGGGCGACGAUAUCUGCGAAGAGUACGACAAAACUCAGGGCCUGUCGGAUCGCACGAGAAAGAAGCUCGUCAACAUCUUGGUGGAAGACAUGAUGGACGCCCAUGGGAGGGUCCCUCCCGUUGACGUGCGCAUGACCUACGCCCUUGGAAUUGUCACCCUCUUCCCCAAUCUCAAAGACCACUCCUCACCAACGGGUUUUGAGCAUUACUAUGAUUGUCGCAGCGGGCAAGGUUACCUGGCCUACAGGCUGAAAACGGUCCAGCGCAACAGUGCGAGCAAAUCCAAGACGAGCGCCAGGCCCGCUUUGGAAAAGCAAAUCAAGAUGAGCGCCAGGCCCGCUUUCGAAGGCGGCCCAAAGACUCUGCGACUCGGCGCAAGGUCCGGACAGCUCUCGGGUGACCAAUGCACGGAGGCGAUAUUCGCGAUGAAGCAAUCGCCGGAGCCUUCGCUCGUCCGAGAGAAAAUGAAGGCCACCUUGGAGCACAGGCAGAAGAUGUUACGCGACCUCGGCCAGUCCUCCCUUGUCUUGGAUCACUUCCCGCGAUUUCUGGACACGCCGGGCCUUAUCGAGCAAGAUUUCAGCGCGCUCUUCGGAGACGACGUCUCUGGCAAGUUUGUGGCAAAAUGGCCGACUUUCUACAAGCCGAGGGUCAUCGCCGUCUGCAAAAGCCUUCGUCCCGUCGCUCAAGCGGACGAGCUUCUCUCUGCUCAGGAACAAUUGAGCGAUUCCGGAUGGGACAGCGACUUGGCAGCGAUCCUCUUGCUCGUUCAUCUCUUACCUCCGACCGCAAAAGGGAAAAGGCACGGCAAAAUCAGUGCCUCCGAAGCCGCUGAGCAUCUUUUUAAGUUCAUGAAGGUCGGCACAAGCAUGACAGCGUUCCUAAAGGGUGUUGGAUCAGCACAACCUUUCCUCCUCUGCGUUGGCGAAAAGAAGAGCAGAAUCCAGAAGUUUUACGUCAUCCUAGACCGGAAGGCCCUUCCCUGCGCGGCGCAGACCGCCGUGGGUGCCUUUGACGAGCUGUUCAAGGUUCACUUUGUGUUUUGCGCCUCCUACGACGAGGCCUUAUUCAACUUCUACACGUUCAUCCAAACAACUUUCUACGGCAUUGAUGUGGCUACCACAAAAGAGAGUCCCAGGGUCAAGGAAAUCAGGGCCCGGAUGAAUAACAUUCAGACGUGAAUCCAUUGCUCAAGUUGGCCACAGAAGUGCUUCGGUUCUUUACAGUCGCUGAAAUGCAGUCGUGCUUAAAAGCUUCUUAGAGGUGUGCACCUAAUGUUGCCACUACCUCCCGGGUGAAUAGUUAGGGAACUGAAUUUUACGGUAGAGGGUUU